GAGAACCGAAAAGUAGAAAAUGGCAACCAUUAAUUUUGUUCCAGUAUCAAUGCGACGGCGGCCGGAGUUCUCUUCCGGUAAUGAGAAAACGUUUCGGAGUUCGUUAAUUUUGAAAAAGAGACUCGUCAAAGUUGCUGCUGCAAGCUCAUUGGAAUCUUCACCUCCGGUAAUGGAAAAGCCUGAAAUUGAGCUCGAAUUUAUUGCGCCGAAGGCAGGCAGUGACGGGAAGUAUCCGGUGGAUAGAGUGAAAGCGAUAAGCGGAGAGAAGCUACUGAGGAAUAUAAUGUCAGAGAACAAGCUCGAGCUUUACGCUGCAUAUGGGAAAGUAAUGAACUGUGGAGGAGGUGGAAGUUGUGGAACUUGCAUUGUGGAGAUUCUUGAUGGAAAAGAUCUUUUGAAUGAAAAAACAAAUACUGAACUCCGAUAUUUGAAGAAGAAAGCUGAAUCCUGGAGGCUUGCCUGUCAAACUAUAGUUGGAAACAAAGAAAACUCUGGCAAGGUAGUGGUUCAAAGGUUGCCCCAGUGGAAAAAGUAAUCAUAGGAGUUAAGACAUCAGAAUCAAAUGAAGCCAGCAGUAUCAGUUUUCGCAAAAUUCAUGGUAACCUUUCACAACUAUUCCUAGCUUGGAACACAGACGUACGUUGACUGUGUUAAUCAUGUGCUUCCUGUAACUGGAGAAACAUAUUGCCUGUGCCUGUGCAACACAAUAGGAUUGGUAUUUUCAGCUUUUUUAAGCUCUUGUAUGAAUUUUUGUGUCAUCUAUAUACUAGUUUGGACAUAUCCUAAUGUCAUUUGAGCUAAAAAAGAAAAAAUUUACUAUUCAGGAUC